ACUGUAUUUCUGAUCAAUUUGUUAUUUUAAUGUACAAAAAUGUGAUUUUCUUUAAUAAAAAAACAAGGGCAUUUCUAAGUGACCCCAAACCUUUGAACAGUAGUGUAUACCUUUAUAUUUUGUUAUCAUGCUCUUGCAGUACCUCCGCAUACCCCAUUUGGAGAACUACUAGUCUAGAGAGCACAGUAAAAGUUUGCUUAGGUGUAUUUUUAAACUCUCCAUCGUUAAGUAGGAAGACACAGAUGUCAUUGUUGUAAAAAACUGUGAGUGUGCUUGGUUUACCAUCAUCCUAAAUUUAAGUAUUGAAUUAUUUUGUUGUAUUUGAUUAUUUUUACUUUAUGCCAAUUUCCCCAAGGUUUAUGUUACUACAUUACACAAGCUCACAUUUUCAACACGUACAUUUUUUUCUGUUGAGAUACAAUGUCCUUUUUUCUUCAGAUUGGUGAUGCUAAUAUAAAAGUUCACUGUCAUCACGAAUAGAUUUAAAUCGAUUGCUUUAAACAGGUUAAUAUAUGUGGGUUGGUACCGUUCAUUUUGUUAUAUGCGCCUGUCUGUUGCAGGACUUUAUAACACUUAUCAUUUUUAAAGGUUCAAUGUAGCCCUUUUAAUGUCAAUAUCAAAUCAUUUCUGGGUAACAGAUAAGUACCUCACUGUGAUUGGUUUAAAUUAAAAUGGUUUCCGACAUUCUAGAAUUUUUGAGGACUGUCUUCAACAAAUUCUCUUCUUUACAAGUGAUGUGAAUAUGUUUUCUCAGACUCCGUGUGGCCUUUGAAAAGUGUUUGUUUAAACAGUGCAUACACAGCAAACAUUUGCUCCUUAUUCAAUUCAUUUCAAUGUGAUAUCGAUGGAAGUGCUAAAAUAAAAACGCUUACCGCAUUGUCGACCUACUUGAAUCAAAAUGCAACACUUCAGAAUGUAGCUAGGUGUCUCCUACAAAUUGUCCUGUAACCAGUGAUGUACACAUUCGUCCCAGAUUCCGUGUGGUUUUUGAGCUGUGUUAGUUUAAACAGGACAUGCAACCUCAUCUCCCCCCUCUCAAACUAUUGAUUUCAACGUGAUAAUCGAUUGGAGGGUCCGACAAAUGUUGCGUUUCUCUUUCUGUUAGUGUCCCACAUAUCAAAAUGUAGCUGACUGACUUCUGCAGGUUGUUGUCUAACCAGUGAGUAAAAUAAUGUGGUUUUUAACAGAUUUUACCCCCCCCUAAUCGAUGUGAGUGAUUUAUUUUCAAAACAACAGGGUUUUUGGUGCGUGUGCAGUUUCUAAGGUGCUUAUUUAAAAAAUACAAGUAAUAUGAUUAGUAUUGUUUCACAUUAGUAUUGUUUUAUGUGUAGACAGUACAUUUUAUGUUUAGGUUUUCAAUAUAUUACAAACUGUUUCUGCAUGUUGGUUAUUGAUUUGGACACUGUGUUUUUACAUUGAGCUAUUUGAUCUAAAUGUUUUGUCAACAGGAAGCAGCAACAGCAUCAUUUUCAACUUAAGUUUUAGGAAUAUAAAUUGAACUUUCAACAUGAAUUUCCAAUGGUUAUUGGACUUACUCACGGGGAAACUGCCGAGUGAGUCCAAGAAUGUGCUGUGAUUUAUUUUGAUGAUAAAGGCUACCAGAAAUCACCAAAAAUGGGUUUGCCCUGCCUACUCAUAUCAUAGACCCUUGGUUAUAUCAUCUGCCAGCGGGCUACCAUUUGAAAGUCUUCGGUAUGACCUUAACGACACAUCUCAGUUGUCUUCCACACCACUGCAGGUCCUGUUCUACCUCAACAGCUGGUAUUUUGCUGCCUACUUCCUCGCUGAGGGUCUGAUGUUUGUUUACAAAGGAUUGUUGUUACCAUACCCACCAGCAAGUCUCACGUUGGAUGCUGGGCUACUACUUGUUUUCCUGGGCCUUGAGUCCCUCCGAAUAUUUUACGGUUGGAAGGGGAACUUAACAGAGCGUUCUCUGGCCAUGUCAGUGAGUGUGCUGGUCCUGGUGCCGUGCACAGUGCUGUCUGUGUACUACCUGAUGCUGCAGACCUUCGUCCUGCGCCUGGAGUUCAUCCUUAAUGCUGUGUUACUCUGCUUCUACAGUCUGGAGAUGCUGCUAGGAAUCAUGUCCAUAUCUGCUUUCUCCAGGUCAAAGGUGUACUGAGGAAGAGGAAUGCUGCAAUGUUCCACAUCGUUUCAAGAGGAAUGCUGCAAUGUUCCACAUCGUUUCAAGAGGAAUGCUGCAAUGUUCCACAUCGUUUCAAGAGGAAUGCUGCAAUGUUCCACAUCGUUUCAAGAGGAAUGAUGCAAAGUUCCACAUCGUUUCAAGAGGAAAGAAGAAAGGGUUUUCAACAGGAUUGUUAUGUGAACAUGUUUAAAUCUCACAUGUUGUAGUUUUUAUAUUGUCUGUUAAUAGCCGAAAUAUUUAUAUUUUUGUAAUGAUGAAAUGACAUCUAUUUUUUUUGUACCUGUUUUUGUAUCAACUGUCAAUGUUGUAUGGUACUAGCAGCACCAAUAGGAUUGUCUUAUGAGGUUAUUCCAUCUGCUGUGCCUGAUAAUGGAAUGUAUUUGUACAAUCUUUGUUGUUGUUGAUUCAGAGCACUAUAUUUCAUUAUUUACUGUAAUAAAUACAAUUCCUCAUUCA